AUGCCCCCAAGAUGCUUCAUAAUCCGACACGGCGAAACGGAAUGGUCCCUCAAUGGCCGACACACAGGCACCACUGAUCUGGCGCUGACAGCCAACGGAGAGAAACGGGUCAAGGCGACGGGCAAAGCACUGGUGGGCAAUGAUCGGUUGAUUGCGCCGCGGAAAUUGGUUCAUGUGUAUGUCUCGCCGCGGGCGCGGGCGCAGCGGACGCUGGAGUUACUUGAGAUCGGAUGCCGGGAGAGAUUACCCUGGAAUGAGGCGCGGAGGACCGAGGAUGAGGAGCCGAUUCGGACGGAGGCCAAGGUGGAGAUUACGGAGGCUGUGAGGGAGUGGGAUUAUGGGGAUUAUGAGGGGUUGACGAGUAAGCAGAUUAGGGAGAUGAGGAAGGAGAAUGGGGAGGAGCCGUGGGAUAUUUGGCGGGAUGGAUGUCCUGGUGGAGAAUCCCCCGAAGACGUCGUCCGCCGUCUUGAUGCCCUAAUCGCCGAUAUCAGGAAGAAGUUCCACGGUCCUUGUUUCGACAGCGAAAGCCAGCAAGGAGACGUCCUGAUUGUCGCACACGGCCAUAUCCUGCGGGCGUUCGCCAUGCGCUGGACCGGGAAGCCGUUGACCGAGACCGCGCUGAUUCUGGAAGCUGGAGGUGUGGGCACACUGAGCUACGAACAUCAUAAUAUCGAGGAACCGGCAAUUAUCCUCGGAGGAGGUUUUGUGGUCGAGAACUAAUGGGCGCGGUAUAUCUAUCGGUGUUCUGUUUGUUGGACAACCCCAGGAUAACUUAUCAAUCAGUAGUUAGAAUAGAGGCGGAAAUCGGAUGGAUGGAUAUGUAGAUAGACGGGGACGAGAUAAAUGACGUUC